AUGUUUCCACUAACAAAAUGUGAACAAGUGAAUUCACCGUUUAUACCGUCGAUUCCCGUUUUUAGGAGAUCUCUUAUCGAUUCUCUAAAUCCAUCAAUACAAGUUGAUGAGAUGUGUACGAGUUAUAAUCCUGCAGUAGGAUUGUUGAAUGAUUCGUGCUAUAUUCAGAAAAAUGUCGAUUUACUUUCGAAUCAUUGUCCAACAGAUUACAAGGGUAUCUUAUCCGAUCUGAAAGAUUGUGUCAGAGAACCUAUUUACAGUGUUCAACAGAAAAAUUAUCGACAAGUAUUACAAUUAAAACAUUUGGUCUGUAAACUGAAUUAUACGGAUAAAUGUUAUAUAGAAUAUACCAAAAAGAAUUUACAAACUGGUUUUGGUCAAAUGCGUUCAAUUGAAUAUGAACAAUAUGGACUAGGAAAACCAUCAUUGAUUAUUCUGUCGCCUAGCAUAGAAAAAGAUGAUAAUGAAAUUACAGCACUGACUGAAAAGAUCCUUGAAACAUUAGAACAACUUGGAGUGUUUCGAAAACGUUAUACAAUUGUGCACGAUGAAGAUUUUAGCUAUAUUAUAGGUGGGUAUAUUUUUGAUCCGAUAAAAAAGGAACGAAUAUCAGCAACGUGUGAUUUUAAAUAUGACUAUAAAGCAAAUAAAUUGUUAGAAAUAGAACCAUUACCUAAUUUAUCAGUCAGCUUUGGUAUUGCCAUUGACGGUAAUUACAUAUGUGUCGCCGGUGGUCAUACAGCCUUUAAUAAACCGCUUAGAAAUGCUUACAUCAUGGAUAUUAGAGUUUCACCUGAAAAAUGGCUCUCAUUACCCUUACUUCCCGCGCCAACAUCAGCUCCUGGUGUUGGUAUGAUAAACGGUGAGAUUCACAUUCUUGGAGGAUUUGACAUACUAUCAAGUGAAUCAAUAAUGCACGGUGAAUAUUUAAUAUUAAAAUAUCCUACUGGUCGUGAUUGGCAUUUUGAAAAAGACAUAGAACCUAUACGCGCUAGACCACUUGUAUUAACAUUACUAUCCAAUAAUGAAGAAGACAAUAGAAUUAUUUAUGCAGCCGGUAAAUUGAUUAUUUUCAUACAAAAUCCUACUUUUAUUUUAUUUAUGUUUGAAGGUGGAUAUAAUAUUAAUAAUGAACGGAAACCUUAUGCUAUACCAACAAUACAUACGUAUGAUGAUGUUACAAAAAAAUGGAAUCUAAUAACGACAAUACCCGAUUUUAAAUUAAAUCAUGGUCUAUCAUUUUAUGAAAAUAAACUACACAUAUCAGAAACAAUUGAUCAAGGUCCAAAUCUAUCUCCAUUAUCACAAACAUUGAGAAGUUAUGAUAUAAUUAAAAAUCAAUGGAUAGAAUUUAAUGAAGAUGAACGAAGAAAGAAUAAUGUUAAAACUUUUAAAACAGACAGAAACAAUUUAAAGAAAUUAAAUGAGAGAAAUAUGGGAGCAUUUAGUAAUAAUAAUGAACAAGAAGAUACCUACAUUAUUUUGGAUUAG